AAACGUAAACGUCAUCCAUCACAUCUUCGGUCCACAUAAAAACAAGAAAAGAAAAUCUAAACAAAAUAUUUAAUAAAUACAAAAUAUAAGAAAAUUCCACGAAUUUAUUGAUAAGAAAAUUAAAUUGCUCAACAUCAUACCGUAGAUAAGAAGAUUCACGCUUUACAACAAAAAUGCCACACACCGAUAAAAUGAUGAUCGAUGUUGGAAAAGCUCGAACCAGUGGCGAUGGAAUGGAAACUAGCGAAAAUGCCAAAACCGAAAAUAAACCAACAUUUUCUAAGGCUCAAUUAAGACGCAAAGACAGCACAAUCCAAGAGACAGUGCAUCAAAAGAAACCUCCCCCACCAGCACCCAGCUCAAUUCCAAUUCCUGGCCUGCAUACCUUGUACCGACCAAUGGAGACAUCAAGGAGCUUACCUGCCGUCAAACCGCGAGGUGAACUUCGCCUCCUCACCCCCAGGUUAAUCGAUUCCCGUGAAGUUCCCGAACACAAGAAGACCAAACCUCCACGAUUUAUUCCCUUCGAACCUUAUGCUGGUGCUGUAAAUCCAAUUUUCCCCAACAAAGACAAAUCCAAGAAAAUCCUCAAGAAAGAUCGUAACAAUUUAGAUAUCGGUGUUUUAGUAAGUCAUAUGUCGACAAUGCGAACACAAGAACUGCACGAAGCAGGUGAGGAAGGGGAAAAGACAGCACCCGCUCAACUGGUGUCCGAAGAUCCACAGGUGAUUGAGUUGAAAGCUGAAUUGGCCAAAAUCAAGGAAGAACGAGACUUUUUGAAUAGUCAGCUCAAAUUUCAAGUGCAAGUGAAUUCGGAGUUAAAAGGUCUACUUGUUGCUUCGGUGGGCGAAGAUCUUCAGACGAGGGUCAAUGUUUUGACCGAAGAUAAACUGCAACUGGCUAGGGCGUUAUUGGACACGGCAAAUAAUCUUACAACCCAUACAGAACAAAUCGAAUUCCUCGCGAGUCAGUGCGAAGUUUGGCGCAGUAAAUUCCUUGCCAGCAGUGUUAUGGUGGAGGAACUCGCUCGAUGGAAGGCUGAUCUAACCCAGAAAAACGAAUUGCUCACAGAGUCGACCAAGCGACUUCUUAAUCUCUCUUCCGAAACUCGCAAAACUCAAAUCGAUAUUCUUAAAAAUCUAAAAUUCAUGGCAAAGAUCAAAUAUCUAAAUCUACCAGCCACCGAUGUCGUAAGCCUCGGUUCGGAGUGUCUUAAUAUUCUACAACAAAUGGCUCUCCAUUCUGGCGUUGGUAUUCCUGACAAUCUAUAUUUAAACAAUAACAAUCAGCAGCUCACUGAAGAUGAACAAUUUGCCAUUCAAGCCCUAGAGUUCAUAAGUCAACCUUUAAUCGCUACUGACGACGCAAUAAAAGCUCUUUUCGGUCAAACUCGACGAUCCUAUGUGACGACUAGCGAAUUGCCAACCGAAGAACCAAUAAGUGCUUAGUUUUAGGAAAAUUUAAAACUUUAUUUUUAUAAAAAUAAAAUGAAGAACCGUUAAGAAAAUAUUAUACAAUCACAUUUAAUGCCUUGAAUAAAAGCAGGAUAUUGGGUUAAA